AUGUACAAGCAGUGUAGCUCAGUGGAAGAGCGCUGGAUUCAUAACUCAGAGAUCAAAUAUCCGAAUAACAUAUAUUUGCUACGAGGAAAUCAUGAAUGCGCUUCAAUUACUCGUAUCUACGGUUUCUAUGAUGAAUGUAAACGGAGAUAUAAUAUCAAAUUAUGGAAAGCAUUCAUUAGAUGUUUCAACUGUCUACCGAUAGUCGCGAUCAUCAACGAGAAGAUCUUCUGUUGUCAUGGAGGUCUAUCACCUGACCUUGUUAAUUUAGAGCAGAUCCGACGUAUACAACGACCGACGGAUGUUCCUGAUACAGGUCUGCUUUGUGAUCUGCUAUGGUCCAGUCCGAGUAAUUACGUAGAAUAUUGGGAUGACAUUCCAAAGGGUGUCUCAUUUGAAUUUAGCGCUGCUGUAGUAAAGAAAUUUUUGGAAAAACAUAAUCUGGAUUUGAUAUGUCGGGCACACGAAGUCGUUGAAGAUGGCUAUCUGUUUUUUGCUGAUCGCCAAUUAGUGACGAUCUUUUCCGCUCCGGAUUAUAAGAAUGAAUUUGAUAAUGCCGGUGCUAUGAUGACUGUUGAUCAAAACUUGACGUGUUCAUUUAAAAUACUUCCAUCACACUCGAAGAGUGCUGAGAAAGACGCUGAUAAAAAUCUCGGUUUGAACCAUCCAACAUCAAUUGACAAUACGACCUUAGUCGAUACUGAUGGAAAACGUGUCAAAUGGGCUGGAAUUGAUGGCCCUAUGCCGAUGAAGGACUCAACGUAA